GUAUCCCCUCCUUUUCCAGCCAUCACCCAAGGCAAGGAGAUCAAUGCGUAAGAAAGGAAAAAGGGUUAAGAAGCACAGGGGAAAUCGAUGCGGAGAGACUGCACCAAGAAUAUUCGGAAGAUCAAGGGUAAAGGACAAAUGAAAACGUCACCAGGAAUCCCAAUUAUCAACAGCAUUAUUACAGUUCACCGCACCCGUAUCCGAGUAUUGUGGUUUUUCGUGGUUGUGUGUGUGUGUGUGUGUGUCUUGUCUGCCGUCCGGUUGUCCUCCUCACACACCUGCAGUAGUCAACGAGUGACGACAGCACCCAUUGCGGUAUGUCUGCCACCCUAACUGCCCAUUGGUUUUCGCUUCUUGUAACUGCGCCUGCGAUCCGACUAGUGCAUUAAGCAGGCGCGGCACUAAAUUGCUCCUCAGUGAAUAAAAGAUUAUCGUACAGUGGCGGACAUGGAACCUAGUGGCGCAGAAAAAUGAUUAAGGA